CUGCCUCCAACACAGGCAGGCUCCGAGAGAAGCUAAAAGGAGGCGAGAGAAAAUAAUCAAGCAUCGGUGAUGGCGCCUGCUAAAGCUAGAUCGCUGCUACUAGGGUUGCUCUGGCUCCUUUUGACGGAAAAUGUCCGGUGUCUUAACGGCGACGAUGACCAGAACCAGGACACCGAGUGUAAGACGAAGAGCGUCACCGUAUCCGCGUUGCCUUUUUUAAGGGAAAACGACCUGAGCAUCAUGCACAGCCCAUCGGCCUCCGAACCGAAGCUUCUUUUUUCCGUUCGAAACGAUUUUCCUGGAGAUGUCGUGGUAGUGGAUGAUCUAGAAAACACCGAACUUCCAUUUUUUGUCCUAGAGAUUUCUGGGAACUCAGAGGACAUCCCCUUGGUGCGAUGGAGGCAGCAGUGGCUGGAGAAUGGUACUUUGCUCUUUCACAUACACCAUCAGGAUGGCAGCCUAAGCCUCCCUGAACCAACUGAAGAUCCAGCAAACACUUCUGCAAAGGAGGAGCUCCGCAUCCUGCAUAUCUCAGUGAUGGGUGGAAUGAUUGCCCUUCUGCUGUCCAUCCUGUGUCUGGUCCUCAUUCUCUACACCCGCCGACGCUGGUGUAAACGCCGCCGGAUCCCUCAGCCUCAGAAGAGUGCCAGCGCUGAGGCAGCUAAUGAGAUCCAUUAUAUCCCCUCAGUGCUGAUGGGAGGCCAGGCCCGAGAGAGCUUGAGGAAUUCCCGGGGUCAGGGGCCAAACUCCAGUGGUACCCUCAGUAUCCGAGAGACUCCAAUUCUGGAUGGGUACAAGUACGAGUAUGACAUCACAGACCUGCGUCACCAUCUGCAGCGAGAGUGUAUGAAUGGGGGCGAGGAAUUUGCAAGUCAAGUCAGCCGUACCCUGGAUUCACUGCAGGGUUGCAAUGACAAGAAUAAUAUGGACAUGACUCCUGUGAGUGAUAACAAGCUGGCUCUAAUGAACAAAUAUAAGGACAAUAUCAUUGCCACCAGUCCAAUCGACAGUAACCACCAGCAGAACACCUUGCUUCCACACAACACCUCCACCAGCCAACGCAAACGUCUCUCCAGCAACAAUCGCACAGGUUCAAGUUUCUUGAACCCAGACGGAGACUCUGGCACUGAGGCUGACAGUGAGCCUCAGCUGGCUUUUUACACCGACCCAAACCGCAGUCGACGCCGAAGUCGAGCAGGUUCCCCAAGGAGCCCCAUCAAUAAGACCACUCUGACUCUAAUCAGUGUCAUCAGCUGCGUGAUGAGCCUGGUAUACUGCUCUCACAUAUCCUGCAGCCUCUCAGUACGUGUAAUCCUGCAUGUGCCGGAGCACCUCAUUGCUGACGGGUCAAGGUUUAUCUUGCUGCAAGGAAGUCAAUUGGAUGCCUCUGACUGGUUGAACCCAGCGCAGAUCUUGCUGUACUAUCAGCAGAAUGCCAGUGGGCCGUGGGUGAAUGAACUGUGUGGACGACGCCUGCUGGACCCCUGUGAGCACCAGUGUGAUCAAGAGACAGGAGAAUGCAUUUGCCUGAAUGGCUACAUGAAGGACCCGGUCCACAAGCACCUCUGCAUCCGUAGUGAGUGGGGGCCCAAUCAGGGGCCUUGGCCUUACACCAUUUUCCAGCGUGGUUUUGAUCUUGUGAUGGGAGAGCAACCCUCUGAUCGUAUUUUCAGAUUCACGUACACUUUAGGAGAAGGGAUGUGGCUGCCUUUGAGUAAAAGCUUUGUCAUCCCACCUGCAGAGCUUGCCAUCAACCCUUCUGCAAAAUGCAAGACUGAUAUGACAGUUAUGGAGGAUGCUGUAGAUGUAAGAGAAGAAUUGAUGAUCAGCUCAUCCUUUGACUCUUUGGAGGUUCUCCUGGACUCAUUCGGACCCGUCAGAGACUGUACCAAAGACAACGGCGGCUGUAGCCGCAAUUUCCGCUGCAUAUCUGAUAGAAAACUGGACUCCACUGGAUGUGUGUGCCCCCCAGGAUUGAGUCCUAUGAAGGAUGGGAGUGGGUGCUAUGACCACCACAUUGGCAUUGAUUGCUCUGAUGGGUUCAAUGGAGGGUGUGAGCAACUGUGUCUCCAGCAACUGGCUCCUCUGGAAGAUGAUCCCACUCUCUAUAACAUCCAGAUGUUCUGUGGCUGUAUUGAAGACUACAAGCGAGGGCCAGAUGGAAGAUCAUGCCUGCCAUUAUCUGAUGCCUGCUCAGAAGGGAUCGACUGUGGGGAAGCUACAGACAUUCCAGCUAACCAAACUGUGUUUGGAGAUCUUUUUUAUGGCUACAACAAUCACACCAAAGAGAGCACCUCUGGACAAAUUCUGAAGGCCACGUUCAGACAGAAAAAUUUUGCUCGAGGUAUUGAGCAGCAGCUACCAGAUGGCAUGGUGGUAGCAUCUGUACCAACAGAAGUUCAGUGUCACGAGGAACUUUUAGACCCUGUGCCCGACUCAGAAUACCUCACAGGCAUGGUGAAUUACAGUGAAGUGUCUGGCUACCCUCUUGUGCAGCGUUGGAGUCUUCGCUCUGUGCUCUACCAUGUCAAACUCAAUCAGUGGGUUUUAUCUCAAGCCUUCAGCUCAGCCAUUCAUUCACUGGAUGGGGCAACACAGAGGGGUGACUUUGCAUCCAUCCUAAAGGAAUUUGGGAACCACUAUGUGCAGGAGGCCAUGUACGGAUUCCAAGAGUCCUGUACUAUUUGGUACCCCAACAAACAGGUUCAGAGGCAACUGUGGCUUGAGUACCAGGACAUCAGCAAAGGUAACUCACCCUCUGAGGAAUCAGAGGAGCAUGACAAGGAGCCUAGGACUUUGACCUACCCUGCAUAUAUUGCCAGUUUGCUGGACGCAGGAGCCAAGCGGAUGGCAGCCGGUGUCCGGAUGGAUUGCACCAGCCAGGGCCAGUGCCCUCGUUCUUGCCAUCUCUGCCAUAUGAGUCCAAGGGCGGCUCAAGGACGACAGCAGUCCGAGCCUGUGCUAUUGCAAAUCACCAAGGCAGCUCCCAUUUAUGAAUUGGUGUCCAACAAUGAGACAUAUCAGGCUCUUCAAGAGGCAAUGAUGAGCAUGCUGUGGUGUUCAGGGAGGGGUGACGUGAUUGAUGACUGGUGCCGGUGUGAUUCCAGUGCCUUUGGCGCAGAUGGACUCCCCACCUGUGCACCUCUUCCACAACCAAUGCUGAAACUAUCUUACACUUAUGAGCCGAGUAGCUCAUUGCUCAUCAUGGAAUGGAACCACACAGAACCACCAAUUGGUGUGCGGAUCAUUGAUUACCUCAUUAGCCAAGAGAAGGUGACUGAGAGGACUGACCACUCGAAAGUUGAGACAGAAACGCUCCUGAGCUUCGUGGAUGAUAUCUUGUCUGGCGCCAGAUCUCCAUGUGUGAUGUUAGGAGACAUUCCAAACCUGCUGUCCUCCUCGGUCAGCAUGAUCGUCCGCUGUCUGGAGCCUGACACCACAUAUAUGUUCCGGCUUUGGGCAGUUGACAACACUGGGCGUCGCUCCAGUCCAAGUGAGGUCACUAUUAAAACUCCAUGCCCAACUGUGGAUGACGUCAAGGCUCAAGAAAUAGCUGAUAAAAUCUACAACCUGUUUAAUGGCUACACUAGUGGGAAGGAGCAGCAAACAGCAUAUAACACUCUGAUGGACCUUGGUGCUCCAGCGUUGCAUCGAGUUCUCUACCACUACAACCAGCGAUAUGAGAGCUUUGGAGAAUUUACCUGGAGGUGUGAGGAUGAGCUUGGACCCAGGAAAGCUGGUCUGAUCCUCUCGCAGUUAAAUGAACUUUCCCCAUGGUGUAAAGGCCUCCUCCAGGAGCCCAAGAUUGGCCUUCGUAGGAUGUCUCUCAAGUUCCUUUCCUGUCGCUACACUGACACCAAGACCUUUGAAAUGAACUGGGCAGGUAUGGGCCAGGACGUACACAAAGCAUGUGAUGAGCAAAUGCUCACUGUCAUGUAUAAUGACUAUGGUGAGCCCAAGGAAAUCUAAAUGUACAGUAGUGUUCAGAAUUAUAGUAGUGCCAUGUGACUAAAAAGAUUAAGCCAAGUUUUGAGUCUAGAUUUUAUGGUUACAUGGGAAACAAGGUAUACAAAGGGGCAAAAAAUUAUUGCCUGUUCAUCUACAUACAAGGGUGUCAAACUCAUUUUUGUCGUGGGCCACAUCAUAGUCAUAAGUUUCCCUCGGAGGACCUGUUCAAAUAUUUUAAAAAGGCAAAUGGUAAUAAAAAUAGCAAGAAAUAUCUCGAUUUUGUUAAAGUGAAGACAAAAUGUCUUCACAUAAAAUGAUGUGGUGGGCCGUAUCUGGCCCCAAGGCCUUGAAUUUGACACCUAUGAUCUACAAUGCUUUAAAACUGAAAAAAAAAACAGAUGCCUGGAAGGAUAUGGAAAACACUACUACAUACCCUACUAAUAUUCUGAACUCCACUGUAUAUAACCCACCCUUACUUUUUGUCAGAUCUAAAAAAAAAAAGACAGUUUUACAUUUAAGUGUGCACACUUAAAACAUCAGAGCAAGCUUGUUUAGUUGAUGUCUUUCCAACUCUUCUGUGGCAGUUGAUCAGAAACAAAUCAAAGGUCAAACUAUAGUUACUAAGCAUCUUUGUUAUAAUGUCAUUUCACCAACUGAAGCCUUGCAACUUUAUCGUUCGUCACUGUGUUUUGUUUUGUUUGUGAUAUAUAUGAAAAUAUGUUUUACAUGUGCUGAUGCACUUUUUAAUGUCAAGAUAGAUAUUGUAUGCUCUAAGGCUGUACAACGAAACAAAAACGUUAUUGUCACAGAAGUGUGAAACAAAAAAGUUACCUUUAACGUAGCCUUGCAUCAUUUAGUUGUUUUGAAUUAAGGAAGUUCUAUGAACAGAUCAGUUCUUAAAGCAAAUAUAUGUAUUUUUUAAUAUUUCACUCACACGUUUAUUUUUAGAUUAGUUGGAGUGUUAACAAAUUAUAUAGCAAAAAUAAAUGGUGGUGUUUUCUGUAGGUCAGACGUGAUGGGAUUUUUAUUUAAUAUCCCUUGUCAUAUUUUUUUAAAAUAAUCUUUGAUUUCUUUUUAUUGUUUGUAAAAGGAUUUGGGUUGGAAAUGCCCAGGAUGCUUAUUUCCAAGGUAGUCAAAUGUAAAUAAGCUUUGCUCUCACUGGAUAGCUAUUCUCCUUAAUUUGAAGAUAGAAAACGGCUUUUAAUUUCUAAUUUCUUCUACCGAAUAAACCAUUAAAAAAAAAUGGCGUAACGAACAACUAAGAAGCAGGGUGCGACAGAAAAAAUGCAUGGAUGUAAACAAAAAGAGGGCCUCAGCUAUUUAGACUCAGUCAGCUCCCAUUUACUUGAAUGCACAAGACAUUCCAUUUCUCGCCCGCGUUCUAUUUUGGGGACACUAAUUGAAAGCUUCGCUAUUUCCUCCAAAUGUGCUUUCUAAAUUAUAAACUGUUUAGUAUUGUUGUAGAACAUAAUCUACUGUGCUUAUUGUAUGCUCUAAUUGUAUAGCUUGAAGGCAACCGGCUGUGUCUCACUUGCUCAUAACCCGAAAAUGUAUUUUAAGCAUGUGAGAACAAACAUUAGAUUUUGAUAGCUGGGGACUUUUAAAUCAUUUCAAUGUUUUUCAUUCAGAGUUUUUUCUUCAGUCCACUUUCAAACUGUGAUUUUGAAGAAAAUUUCUCAUUGAAAUGUUGUUAAACUUGUGUAUUAUUUGCAAUUUUGUUUGUAAAUGUAAUCUUGUAAUCCGCAAGCAGGUCCCAUUUUUCACACAGGGGAGGAGAAGAUGUUAAAAUAAAUGGAGUGCCAUAAUCUUGGAUUUAGAAUAAAAGAGAAAUAAAUUGGAGUGCAUUCAUUAUAUAAUUGAGAAAUCACUGUUAUCAUAAAUGUAACUUUGAGGAGAAAGAGAUAGGGAGCUCGGCGUAGCUGCAGUGAGGUUGAGAUGAAUGAGGGCGGGACACAGUUGAAAUAAAACACUUCACAAAUAUUUAUUUGUAAUUAUCACUUCAUACAGACAUCUGAAACCUACUGCUAUCAUUUGCAUUUGCAUAUAAUUUAAAGAUCAGUCCAUUUUGACAUAUAAUUUGUCUGCACUGCUACAAAACAUAAGAAAGCCAGUGAAGAAUUGGAGCUAUAAAUUUACUGGAACAAAUGGGCCAAAGUGGUCUUUUUCUAGCAGGGUCCAUGCCAAAGUGUCAACAAUUAAUAUUAAUUAGCAUUCUGAUAGUUGUUGGCCAUAAGGUGGUAAAUAAAGUCAACAGAUCAUAAACAGCCAACAUCUCAAUAAUACCCUGUUUCAUUUUAAUCCUGCAAAAAUCCUGUUUUUGCUCUCAUCAGAGAUUGUAUUUGAAAUUCACCUUGUUGAAUACACGAUUUCAGAAGAAUCAUAACAUAGCACUAAAAAUUGAGUACCUUGGUUGCUUUUACAGGAGAUUCUGCUUGUCAUUUGUAGCUACGGGUAUACACAAGGCAUGAAAUGGCAAAUUUGAUGUGGUGAGAAAAAGAAAAAUCUGCUGUGUUACUAGCUUGAACAAUGUACAAUACAUAGCACUCGAGUAGAAAUUUUAGAGUCAAAUUGCUGAAUGUACAAUUUAUGGUUGCUACUUUUGAAUGAGGUUGUAACAGAAAUUACUGUCAUACCUACAAUAUGUGUCUGAAAGUAUGUUUUAUGUUCCUAUGGUUAAACUCGUUACUUUCAAUGUAGAAAGACAAAUUGUUUAUUACCUUCUUUCUUAUUGAACUUUGAUUAUUUUUGUGUAAACUUUAAUUAUAUUAAGGGAGACUGAGUACUUUUUAUUUUUUUAUCUUACUGAAGUGGCCUGAAGGUAAGUGUCAAAUAAAGGUAUAGGUGUUAUUAAUUUCUAAUAAAUUUCUGAGUACUAAAAUGAAUGCUAGAUAUUUGUGGAUGAGGCGUGGAGUGUUUUACACAUGCAUUAUUACAUUGUACCAACGUAGUGUUUUACCUCUGUAUAUGCAUACGUACACAACAAGUGUUUUAAAAAAUAUUGUGCGCUUCACAAGAUAGCUGAUUACUUGUAUUAUCCUAUUUACUGUGUAGCUCAGUCUUUGCAGUACUAAUGUGAAAAGCAGACCUGUUUUUUUCUUUCUGAAUAUACUCAAAUAGGCUAUUGUGAGACAUUGUACUAAACUCAGGACUUGCCUGAUCAUAGUACUUUGCAACAUUGUGUUGUAAAAGGGGAUUAUGACAACCGAUUGAGAGACACAAAAAACAAAUCAAGACACUUGACCAACUCGUACCUGCAUGAUUCUGUCUUUAAAUGUGUCUGUCAUCAAGUUAACAUUACUUUUUUUUUUUCUUGAAUAAAGACAUGAAAUGGGGCUAUAGGAAUGUUAUUUGUUCCCACUUCAAAAUCAAUUGAUGAGAUUAGACCAAUUUCAGUGAUCAAGUACAACUGAUGAAGCAGCUUCAUUUACACACGCACACGUGUGUGUGUGUGUGUGUGUCUGUGUGUGUGUGUGUGUGUGUGUG